AUGAACGCGAACGCCAAUACGGAACUCGAACGAGUCGAUUCGAAGAAAGAUGAAGUAUAUACCACCUCUGCAGAUGUAGAAGGUAACGGUGCCCACAAGCUCGAUGAAAGCUAUAUCGAUCACACUACUGCUUUUGCAGGAUUGACGAGAUUACAAGCUAUGCAAAAAUUCUGGAGAGCUUGUACUUUCUGUAUGAUCACUGCUUUCGGUGUUAUCAUGGAUGGUUAUCAAACUUCUUUACCAGGUAGUGUACUGGCAAAUGCGGGAUUCAUUAAACAAUUUGGUACUGUUGUUGAUUCAGCAACUGGAGAACUCAGUGUAGAUGCCCAGUACAUAUCCAUGUGGAGUGGUCUGGCAUACCUCUGUCAGUUCCUUGGUAACUGGGGAGGUGGAUUCAUCGGUGAUCGAUUUGGUAGACGAUACACUCUUUACGCUUUGACUGUGGUCUUCACCGGUGGUAUCAUCACGGAAAUCGUUGCGAAGAAUUACAAAGAUUGGCUCGCAGCUAAGAUGCUCAUGGGUCUAGGUCAAGGUUUGAUCCAACAAGGUGUACUGACUUACAUCUCCGAAGUUGCUCCUACUCAAUUGAGAGGUGCACUCAUGAGCACCUACGGAUGGGCAUACGCCCUCGGUCAACUAUUCGUGGCCAUCGCCCUUAACACUCUUGAGAUGACUGAGCCAGAGAACUAUCUCAAAGCUAUCUACUCCGAAUUCGUAUUCUUGGGAUUGUGGAUCAUUGCUUUACCCUUUCUUCCUGAAACACCGUGGUACUACGCCAGGAACGAAGAUGAAGUCAGGGCGAAGAAGACUCUGUCGAAGAUAUACAAGGGCGUAGAAGGUUAUGAUAUCGAUAGGGAAUACAAUGCGAUGUUGUUUGAGAUCCAAGAAGAGAAGCAGAGGAGUCACUCAGACUCUGAAGUCGCUUUGAAAGAUAUCUUCAUGGGUCCUCAUCUCAGACGUACUUUCGCUGGUGUUUUCGCUUUGGUAAUGCAAAAUUGGUCGGGAAGUCCUGUCGUCUUUAACUAUACCACUUAUUUCCUACAACAAGCUGGUCUUCCUGAUCCUUUCCAAGGGACCGUCAUCAUAGACUGUAUCUUGAUUGGCUCCUUGAUGCUUUCUUUCUACGGUAUCGAGAGAUUUGGUCGACGAACCCUGAUCUUAUGGGCUGGUUUAGCAUGUACAGUCUUCAAUAUCGUCAUCGCCUCUCUGGGAUUCGUCGAUCAUUCAGGUCCGGUCGAUAACGCUACUCUUGCUUUUAUUUGUCUUUGGGUAUUCAUGUAUGCGUGUGGUUUCGCUGGAACCGGCUGGACGUGCGCUGCGGAAAUUGCCACGCCCCGACUUAGAGCCAAAACUACCGCUUUUGCUACUAGUACCAAUGCGAUCUCUGGAGCUAUCUUCAAUAGUACCGUUCCAUUGAUGAUUUCAGCGACGUCCAGAAAUUGGGGUGUAAAGACGUUGUACAUGUUUGCUAUUUUAGGUGGAAUAGGUACAAUUAUCAAUUUCUUCCUCCUCCCUGAAACCAAAGGAAGAACAUUUGCCGAAAUGGAUGAGAUGUAUGACCUCAAGAUCUCACCUAGAAAGAUGAAGGGGCAUGUCACCACCUUAGAGGAGAGUGGACUGAAGCAACACAAGUAG